AUGGCUAGGUGGUUCUAUACAAGUGCCAUUCCAUUUAAUGCUGUAAAUAACCCAUUAUUUCCUUUAAUGAUUAGGAAAUUGGGAGAAUAUGGAAAAGGACUUAAACCACCUUCAUACCAUGAAAUGAGAGUGACCUUUUUGAAAAAAGAGGUGCAAGAGACAUUGAAUUUGCUCAAUAUGUACAAAAAAGAGUGGAAAAAAACUGGUUGUACUAUUAUGUCCGAUGGAUGGUCUGAUCAGAGAAAGAGAACAAUGAACAAUUUUCUUGUGAAUAGUCCAGCUGGUACUGUGUUCUUAUCUUCGGUAGAUACCACUGAUAUUUCAAAAACAGCUCAAAAAUUAUUUGAAUUGUUAGAUGGUAUUGUGGAAAAAAUUGGAGAGGAUAAUGUUGUGCAGGUCAUCACCGAUAAUGCUUCUAAUUAUAAGACAGCUGGAAAAAUAUUGAUGGAAAAGAGAAAAAGAUUGUUUUGGACCCCUUGUGCUGCUCAUUGUAUUGAUCUAAUGUUAGAAGAUUUUCAAAAGUUUGAUUCUCUCCACAAAGUUACUAUACAAAAAGCGAAAUCAGUGGUUACAUAUAUUUAUUCAUGGGGUACAGUUAUUAAUUGGAUGAAACAGUUCACUAAUGGCAAGGAGUUGAUUAGACCUGGAGUUACUCGUUUUGCUACUUCAUACUUGACCAUGAGACGUCUUAGCGAGCUGAAAGGGAAUUUGUUUAACUUUUUCUGUUCGGAUAAAAAGAAAACAAGCAUGUAUGCUAGGAGAAACAAGGGGAAAAAAAUUGAGAGCAUCAUUUUUGAUAAUCAACAAUUUUGGCCAAAUGUGGAGUUAUGUUUAAAGAUAGCUUCGCCUCUUAUCAAAGUAUUGAGGAUGGUUGAUUCUGAUGAAAAACCAGCCAUGGGCUUUCUCUAUAAAGCUAUUGAUCAGGCAAAAGAAGAAAUCAAACAAAAUGUGAACAAUAUUCGAAAGAGAUAUGAAUCGGCAUUUGCUAUCAUUGAUAAAAGAUGGGAAGAUCAAUUGAGUCAUCCUUUACAUGCCGCGGGUUAUUAUUUGAAUCCUCAAUUUCAAUAUAGUCCAGAUUUUCAGUCGGAUGCAAAUAUAAAACGUGGCCUUUAUGAUUGCAUUGCUAAGAUGGUUCCCGAAUCUGGUGAAAGGGUGAAGAUUGAUUUGCAAUUAGAUGACUUUCGACAUGCAAAUGGAUUAUUUGGUCAUGAAAAUGCUGUACUAACAAGAAACAAGAAAUCUCCUGCUGAUUGGUGGGAAUCUUAUGGCGAUGAGUGUCCAGAGUUGAAAAAUUUUGCCAUUCGAAUUCUCAGUUUAACUUGUAGUUCUUCUGGAUGUGAGCGAAAUUGGAGCGCAUUUGAAUUGGUACAUUCUAAGAGAAGAAACCGUUUGGCUCAAAAAAGAAUGAAUGAUCUUGUGUUUGUGAUGUACAACUUGAAGUUGAGAGAGAGACAAAGGCAAAGGCAACGUGUUAUUGAAGAAAUUCCUUUUGAGAAUUUGCCUUCAGAUGAUGAAUGGGUGACAGAGAGAGAAAAUCCAACUCUUCCAAAAGAAAAUAGCUGGUUACGAGUUCUAGAUGACAAUCCCAAAUGUGACACUUCAGAUGAAGAGGGAAAUGAAGAUGAUGAAAUUGAAAUACUUACAAGAAAUGUGCAGAGAGUUUAUGAUCAUGAAGAUCGUCAAACCCAUGUCCGUCGAAGACAAGUUAAGAAAAUGAAAGAGAUUCAUGUUAUUGAUGAGGAUGAUGGGCCUUCAACUGAAUUCGACCGCCAAGAUGAUGAUUAUCUUGAUAUGGUUCCCGAAACUGAUCUUCAAAUGGGAACUAAUGAUUUGGAUGAUACUAAUUUGGAUGGUGAUAAAGAUAAUGCCGAAGAUGAAUUCCAAGAGAAUUGGGAUGGUGAAGAUGAUUGGGAAAAUAAUGAUUUUGAUAAUAUGGAUUAUGGGAAUAAUGAAUUUGAUUCAAACGAUGAAAAUGAUUGGUUAUAA